GCUUUUCAGUAACACCACAUUUGCGAUCGAAGACUGUUGUAUUAGCCUCUGCGUCCUUGCCACAGGGUGACUUGUACUGGCAUUCUCCCUCCUGGGAAAGCUUUCAAAUCCCUGCGUGAAGUGGCAGCAUCCGAUGGCACGUGGCGGGAAGAGGGCCCCUCAAGGCUCUCGAGGUAGAGGAGGUGGAGGUGGAGGAAGAGGAGCAAGAGGGGGAAGGGGAGCAAGAGGAGGAAGAGGGGGGCGCGGCCGUGGCCAGUCUGGGACAACGCAGGAAACGAGCUUCAUCACCGCCAAAGGCACGAACACACUUGAGCACGCUUUCAGCCUCGCCGAUGAGGCAAGGAAUACCCGCCAAAGUCAUUGGGACAGUACGACCAGCCUACGUACCAGGCCGGUCCUUUUUGUCAGUUCCGGUGCGAGUGAGCCACUUAGGCGAUUGGAUGAGACCACUGAAAACCCUGCGGAAAGCGCGACUAUCAUUGACGAAGAGUCGACUGUUGCUUUACCGCCAGGGCCACCAACCCACUCGGAAGACGCCGUCGACGACUGUGGAGAGGAUGCCGCCGACGGCCUUGGAGGGGAUGCCGACGACGACUGUGGAGAGGAUGCCGACGACGACUGUGGAGAGGAUGCCGCCGACGACCUUGGAGAAGACGCCAUUGUAGGGCCAGAAGAGAUGGAGCGUGAUUUGGAUGGUGGCAGACAACUUGACCAACCAGAGCUGUUCUUCUUUGAUGUCAGUCGCACGCACAAGCGUGGUCACCAAUGUGCCAGCGAUGUUCGCGGUGAUUUGACGGCCAAAGCCGCCUCUGUCUCCGAUGAAUCUGAAGGCAGAUCUGCAGACGAGGUUAUCCUCUUCAAAGGCCGCGAGACAUCGACAAAAGCAUCGCAAGAGUUUUCAGCAACUCCUUCAAUUACACUUGAUCCAAUGUACACCGAAAUCAUGGCUGUAGAGAGCGACAUACAACCAGAGGGUUCCAGCCGACGACGCCGAAGCCUCUCACGUCGGGCGAACCGCGGCCGCGAUCAACCUUACCGCGAAAGGACUGAUGAAGAUGCACUCUUGGCGGACUAUAUCGCCAACUUGCGCGAAAAUGGGGAGCUUACAACGCUGCUUGGCUCCGAUUCUCGGAAUGUUCGAGACAUUGGUGGCCCGAACUUUCAUGCAAUAGACGCAGGUGACAACUCUGCUUCCACCGUCACUCCGACGAUGCAACUCAAAACGCAGAACGGCGAUGAACGGCAGAGCGAGGUCGAAAGUGAAGCUGCCAUAGACGACGCAACUUUGGCGCAGUUACUUGCUGGGCAGCACUCAGAUGACGCAUUGGUGGCCGAUCCUGCGACCAGCUCAUCGACCGAAUCCGAUAGCGACGAUAGCAGCUGCAAGAGAAGACAACAGUUGGUCGACUCCUUCGACGUCAUGGACUGGGAGCGUCCAAGCCUACGGAGGAAGAAAGGCAAAGGCGCACGGGCGAGAAUCGACUUCGACGUAUCUGAUUCGGACUUGGAGGAGACUUUGCAGCUCGCCUUUAAACGUGACCGCCUUAAGAAAGCCGAGCGGAAACGACAGCGAGAGGAGCUGCGAGCUCUGGGUAUGCUGGGCCCCAAUGGUCAUAAGCAGGAUGACUUGCGAGUGAAGUAUCCCAGCGGUAUGAGCAUUGAUCAAAUGGCCGAAGAGUUACGUGGAUUUCUACUCGGCGACGGCUCGAGCUUGUCGCUCCCGCCCAUGGACAAUAAUGCGCGGAAAAUUGUGCAUGAGCUCGCCAGCAAGUUCAACAUCAAAUCAAAAUCGACUGGCAAGGCUAGUCAACGCCGACCGACAUUAUACAGGACCAACCGAACAUUAGAAUUCUCGGAGCCUGCGUUCAACAAGGCGGUCGGACGCAUCACACGACGCUAUCUUCCCCGUCUGGAUACCAGAGGCAAACGCGCGAAGCAACCUGCGGCAUCGGGAGCCAGCAACGCGGCAGCAAGCUACUACGAGGGCGAAAUCAUAGGCGCCGCUGCACCAGAGCUGGGUGUGGAAAAUCGCGGUCGCGCAAUGCUCGAGAAGAUGGGAUGGAGCACCGGUACUGCACUCGGCACGCUCGAAAACAAGGGAAUUCUCCAGCCCGUAUCGCAGACCAUGAAGAAGUCCAAGGCGGGUCUGGGGUAAAUAGACAGAUGGGGUUUGUCAACAGAACGAGGUGAUUUAGAGGAUAUCAUGUGUAAAAUCUCAUUUUUCGAGUCCCAAACCUCGAAUAGUGUACAACCGCAAACCCCGUUGACCGUGACA